CUUGAUGUGCACGAACUUUAUUGUCUCAUUAUACAAGCACCACAUCGACUCAUAUAAAUAACAACAUGGACGAAGAGACGAGAAAAUCUGUUUAUUUACACACGUGUUUAUGACAAUUCUGUCUGUUUGACUGAACAGAAUAUUGUUUAAGGAUGACUCAGUCCAUUGUUGUCCAAGUUGGCCAAUGUGGAAACCAGAUUGGCUGCAGGUUCUGGGACUUAGCACUACGGGAACAUGCAGCUGUCAGCAAGAGUGGACUUUAUGAUGAAUCUAUAGGAAGCUUUUUCAGAAAUGUUGAUUCGCGUUACGAUGAUCCAGCUGACAUCCCACUUGGGACAGGAAGAGGCAAGAUCAGAUCCCUCAAAGCCAGGGCUGUACUGGUGGAUAUGGAGGAAGGCGUGGUCAAUGAGAUGAUGAAGGGGCCACUCAAGGAGGUGUUUGAUUUCCAACAGCUCAUCACAGACGUGUCAGGCGCCGGCAACAACUGGGCUGUUGGUCACAAGAUGUACGGUACACAGUAUAAGGAGAAGUUGACGGACGUGAUACGAAGGGCCGCCGAAUUUUGUGACUGUCUUCAGUGUUUCUUCGUCAUUCACUCUAUGGGAGGAGGUACUGGUUCAGGAGUGGGUACUUUCAUUUUGAACUUGUUGGAAGAGGAAUAUCCCGACAUAUAUAGGUUCGUCACAGCAGUUUACCCCUCAGCAGAAGAUGAUGUGAUUACCUCCCCUUACAACAGUGUCCUGGCUAUGAGGGAACUGACAGAAAAGGCUGAUUGUGUGUUACCUGUAGAAAACCAGGCACUGAUGGACAUAGUUAACAAGGUUAGUAAGUCUGUGCCAUCCUUGAAAACCGGCAAGAAAACCUUCUCUGGACUGUCGGAGACCAUGAAGGCCGGCAGUGCCAUAACAACAGGAGAAGGGGGUACAGUCUCUAAAGCUGAGGAGCGACCUUUUGACAGCAUGAACAACAUUGUGGCUAACCUUCUCCUGAACAUGACCAGUUCCGCUAGGUUUGAAGGGUCGUUGAAUGUUGAUCUGAAUGAGAUUACAAUGAACCUGGUCCCGUUUCCACGGUUACACUACCUCGUGUCAAGCCAAUCACCGCUCUAUGCAAUAGCUGAUGUGAAGCUGCCUCCAAGAAGACUUGACCAGAUGUUUUCGGAUGCUUUCUCCAAAGACCAUCAACUGUUACGUAGUGAUCCGAAACGCAGCCUGUACCUGGCCUGUGCCUUAAUGGUCAGGGGCAAUGUGGAGAUAUCUGAUGUCAGACGGAACAUUGACAGGUUGAAGCCGAACCUGCAGUUUAUCCACUGGAACCAAGAAGGCUGGAAGACUGGUCUUUGUUCUGUGGCCCCAGUUGGUCAGCCCUACUCCCUCCUGACUCUCGCAAACAACACAUGUGUUCAUCACACAUUCACUGACCUCAAGGACAGAUUUGUCAAACUCUACAAACGCAAGGCUCAUAUACACCAUUACACCCACAUAGACGGUAUGGAGUUAUCCGACUUUUCUGACAGCCUGGAAUGUCUGAACACUAUUAUCACUGAUUACAGAGACCUAGAGAGACAGCUCAGUAACCCACCACCCACAGAACCAAGGCUGCAGGUCAUGACCUGAAUCCAAAUACACCAAAUUAAAGGUUUAAUGUUAAAACUGGAACAAAGAUUGUUCACCUGCCAUCAUUGGAACCCUUUGAGCGUACAGAAACCCAAUUGAAGGGUCAAAUGUCAUGACGGGGACAAAAUUUCAAAAAUUGCUGCCAUCAGCAAACUUUACAUUUCAUGUCAGGAAAUGCCCUUGAUCAAGGUUUCCAGGUCAUGACAGUCGCAGACAAAGGUCAACCGACAGUGCCAGCCUGUCAGUAGAAUGGAACAAGUAAAAGUGUGAAUGUGGGGAAAAGUUUAUAGAACUAAUAUUGACUGAAUAUUAGCCGAGAAAGGUCAACGUGUCAUCAAGAGGUCAUCCUCUGACCAACCAGAAAAUGAACAUUCCAUAUCUAUAGUGUGAACCUAAAACUGGACAUUAUCCAAACUGGACACUUUUGGGAGCCAGAUGGAUGUGCAUGCAAUGUUAAGAAAUAUUUUAAUGUGUGUAAUUUCUACUUAAUGAUAAUAUUUUCUCAGCUCAAAUGUAUAUUGAAUUUCUUAGCUACUAUUUAUAGUUCACUGGACAAUUUGAGGUUGGAAAUAAUUACGAAGAUAAAACUCACAUUAUUUAUCUUUCAUGCCACAUUAUUUAUUAAUAUGCUAUUUUCGAAAAACUGUUCUUUUCAAUAGUAAUACUUCUUUGGAGACAAAAUUCAAUCAGCACCUUCUGGGACUCUAAAAAAUUCUUGAUAGUGAUUUUCUCCCAGUAUACCCAAAGCCAAAAUUGUAGUGUCCCUUUCAGCGAACAGUUGCACCUGUUAGCCCUUUCACCCCUAUGUAACUUUAGUAAACCUUACUAUGCAUUGACCUGGAUGAGUCCAUUAUGGUGUACAGUAGUGAAAGGUUUAAAGAGCCGAUAUGGUCCUGGUCAUAUCUUUUAUUCUAUUUAAAAAACAGCACAAUGGAAAUAUCAUCCUGUAAUAUAAAAGAAAUGUGGUAGUGUCUAUUUAUGAAAAAUGAACAAACAUUUUUUAGAAUUUAUACUAUGGUUAAAGAUACAGUAGACCUUGAAACUUUCCCCCCAACAAAACUUUCCCCCUACACCGGCAAAACCCUUAUCCGCCCAGUGUUGAUUUCACCCUUCACAUCUAAUUUCAAUAUUUUUACUAUUAUUCAUUACAAUGGUAGGUAAUUCCGCGCUCAUUGCCGAGGGGGAAAAAGGCUCAAGUUAAGCUGUGGAAAAAUUAUCUUGGUAUACAGUAUUCACUACGAAUUAAAAAUGUGUUGACUAUAAAUAAUAUGAUCUGAAGUACUUUAAAUAAAAUUCAACUUUCAUAAUGAAUACCCAUUAUGUCAUAUAUCUUGUUAUUUAUUUUGAUACUUGAGUAUUUGCCCAUAUGUUUUAACUGUUAAAAGGUCAUCAAUAAGAAUAACUGUUUUGAUAAUAAAUUUAUGA